AUGCCCCGUUAUUUCUCGUUUAAAAGCGGCGACGCGCGCUUUUGGAAACGAAAAAAUUCGGAAGACGAAAACAGAAACUCGAAUCCAAUCAAUCAAAACCCGCACCCAAACGAGCACCACUACGAGGAAUUCGUGAACGCCGGGAAUUCAGGGGAAAGACACGCAUAUCACUACGAGCAAAUUCGUCCCCGUUCCUCAUCACAUGAUCGCUAUGCGACGAUCGAAUUCACGACGCGCGCCACGAGAAAGAGUGAACCGAGAGAAUUCGUGCAUCAUAUUGCGAUUGAACGCGAGCCACCGAAAACGCCGCUUCGGACAGCCAGCUCGCAAAGUCUUCACUCCACUGUACUCAAACAACAGCAUCGACAACACACGCAUGUUAGAGAUCAUCAAAAUGAUGUCUUUUCAACGGUAAAAACUGCCCGAUUGCCCGAAGAGUUCAGUACAACAGCGAUUUAUCAGAAAGGAAAUCUUUUGGAUGAAAAGGGGCUGACGAAGGGACGCGGAGUCCUUGUCUCGUCAUUCCGAAGUCAUCACUCGUCCGCCUCGACAAAUGCCACAAAAACGAGUUACGAAGAAGAGGAGCGCUAUCGUUGCGAGCAUUUGCUGACUCGAGCAAAUGGAGGACCACCGCUGAAAGAAAGCGAUUUUCACGGAGACACACCCGUUGUGCACUAUCAUUAUGUUGCCGGUUCUCUCGAGUGUUUUCACUCAAUCAGUCGAUCGAACUCAAAGAAACGCCGAAAUGAGCGACAUGGGGAUUCGGGGAGGAAAAGAACGAAAGAUAAAGGCGAAAUGGAGAGAUGGAUUGAAUCCCAGCACUCACAACAAGUCACCACUCAUCGAAAACCGCCGCCAAUCCCGGUUUUCGAUGAAAAACCGCAAAUUUCGACGAUUGGAACUGAAAAAUCGACAAAAUCUACGGAAGAUGGAGAUCUCUAUGAGGAAUUGGGUGAGUUUUAUAAAAGA